AUGAGACUUCGGGGCCGGGUGGGACUGAAGAAACUUACGGCUCCAGUGGCGCCACCACUGGGCAGGUGGUCCCAGAAGAAGCGCCGCUCUGAGGGCGAGAAAAUCCGAAAGAAAUACCCAGACUGGGUUCCGGUGAUAGUGGAAAAAGCCCCCAAAACUCGGAUAGGAGAUUUGGACAAAAAGAAAUACCUGUUGCCUUCUGAUCUUACAGUUGGUCAAUUCUACUUCUUGAUCCGGAAGCGAAUUCAUCUCCGUGCUGAGGAUGCCUUGUUUUUCUUUGUCAACAAUGUCAUCCCACCCACCAGUGCCACGAUGGGUCAGCUGUACCAGGAACACCACGAAGAAGACUUCUUUCUAUACAUUUCCUACAGUGAUGAAAGUGUCUACGGUCUGUGA